GGGCAAUCAUGUAUUUUCGUGUUGCACCUCCUCCCCUCCACAUGCAUUUGCUAUAUGUGAGAUGAGUUCUUUCCCCUUUGCCAGUGGAACUCCCAGCAAGCACCAAUGGCUCUGAAUGUUUGCGUUUCUCCUAACCCUAAAUGGGUUGCAUCUCCUUCCUUAGACAGUGGUUCUUCUUUGAGACCUUCACUUGGGUCUUGUUUUGGUAACAUAAACAUUCCUAGUGUGAAUCUCAACUUGAGUACUAGAACCACAAGUUUGAGUUUGAGAAGAAGUUUUAGUGUAAGAUCUAGUUUGGAAACUGCAGGGCCCACAGUCACAGUGGGACAAGUCACUGAGGUAAAUAAGGACACCUUCUGGCCGAUUGUUAAGGCUGCCGGGGAUAAAACCGUUGUCCUAGACAUGUACACCCAAUGGUGUGGCCCUUGCAAAGUGAUGGCUCCAAAGUUUCAAGAAUUAUCUAAGAAGUAUGAGGAUGUUGUCUUUCUAAAGCUUGAUUGCAACCAAGACAACAGGCCAUUGGCAAAAGAGCUGGGGAUUAAAGUGGUUCCCACUUUUAAAAUUCUGAAGGACAACAAGGUUGUAAAAGAAGUUACUGGAGCUAAAUACGAUGAUUUGGUUGCUGCCAUUGACAAUGUUCGAUUGAGCUAAGAAUAUAAGUAUUCUCUUUCCAUGUAAAAAUGUUAUGCUUGACACCCUUUGUAAGUAUUCUAUGCAAUUGUAAGAUGAUGAGGAUUGGAAGAUGAAGAAAUGGCUUCAUGUGAUUGUUGUAAGCUAAUUGUUUAUUCCCUAAAGGAAGAGUUACUCAAUUAUCAAAGUUAUCAACUUGAUCAUGGUGGUUCUAUAAAUUAUUGUA